AUGCUGGGCCUUGGCAUGCUGAAGGCUGGAGGUACUUUCUUCUUCCGCUUUGGCUGGCGGGGACGUGGGGUGCAAGAGGAACAUUGGUAUCGGGAGGCCAUCAUGCGCCUCUUGGGGCUGGUGCUUGCUUACUUCGAUGAGGUCUUUCCAUUCAAGUCCGAAAUUUACCACCAGGCAGAUCCCUGUUUCUAUGUGAUCGCUGCUGGAUUCCGUCGGCAAGGUUAUAUCGAUGCCGAUUUGGAGUCACGGUUGAGCUCUGCCAUUCAGAAGAUCAUCAUUUGCCAAGCUUAUGAAGAUCUUCCUGAGUGUAUUGAGACGCUUGCAGAGUUCUCCACCCCUGAGAAUCAUCAGCGGAUUGACGAGCUCCUGGACAAAGUGGGUCGUGUGAGGGCCAUUGGCCUCUCCAGUCGCAGCACCGUUCAGGCCAAAGAAAGCCCCGAAGCUCAGCUUGUGAUCAGCCCAGUACCAUACCAUUUGACCAUGCAAGUGCUGCGGCAACGCAUGGAGUGCUUUGGGAAGAUCGCCUACAUCCGUCGCCGCUCCCACGCGAUUGGCGUGGGGGCUGAUGCGCUCAUCCAAUUCGCACAGCCCGCGCAUGCGGCCUGUGCACUGGAGGCUGUCAAUGACAUGAAGGUCCUUGGGCCAACGGUCAUUGCAAGGCCGGCCGGCCGCAUUUCGCCGAGCAACAUGGCUUUUGUGUCCUCUCAAGCCAAGGCUGGGAAAGAGCUGAGUGAAGCGGUGCAGAUCCCCACAGAGCGAAGUGUGGAUCGAUUGUCGGAUUGGUAUCGGCCCAACGACGGCGCUGCCCGCAGCUGUCGCGCAGUGGGCGGCAUCGGGCAGGCGGACACGGCCUUUUGGCGUGGAAAGUCGGCAGGUGUGCACAGGCCGGCCGAUAAGAAGGUAGAUCCCAGCGACAAAGAUAAGGACAAGGAGUCCAAGAGAAAGGCUGCUGCUGCGAAGUCCAAGCGUGAUCAUGAGGAUCUGACUCAGGGUGCCAGCUUGGGUGAAAUUCUGGAGAAGGAGGAAGGCAAAGGCGGAGUGGCAGACUGGGUAAACAGGACACGUGGUUCUGAUGGAAGUAUGCAGGGUGCUGGGGUGAACGUGAAGAAAGACGAUGGCAAAAAGAGGAAAGAUGCUCCAGGUGCAGAUUCUUCAGUGCCAAAGAUGAAGGUUCGACACGACUCUGAAGCCUUCAAAGAGGGCGAGUCCGUGGUCAUGACCCUCAGCGACCAGCGCUUGAUCGACAAGGAUGGCAAUUUGGUGGAGACGCAGGAUGAGCUUUCGAACACCAAUUUGUUGGAUAGCGACAAGGCCAAGAAGAACGAAGCCAUCAGGUCACAAGUUGAGUAUGACCCGACCAAGCCCAAUGCAGACAUCCUUGACAAGUACGAUGAACCUGGAGCUGCUCCAACUGGAUUCAUGAUUGGAGGAGUGCCAACGGGUGUCAUUGACGAGCGAGAUCCUGAAAAAAGGUUGGCGAUCCUCACGCAAAUGAGCGAGAAUCAGACCUUAGACUUCGGGAACAAGUUCCAGUCGGACUUUUACACCUCAGAUGAAAUGGCAAAGUUUAAGAAGCCAACGAAAAAGCCUAAAAGGAAAGCCCGGAGCAAGGUGGCUGGAGACAAGGAGGACCAAAUCGGUGAUCCUGCAAAAGUGCAUGUGAAAGCUCCGACGCGACCGGAUGAUGCUGGAUCUGACGAAGAGGAUCCGGAGCUCUACGAGCAGCUGUCCAAGCAGCGGCGUCUAGUGAAACGUGCUGAUACAGGCCAAACCAAGAAGGGAGAGGCUGCCUUGACCCAGGUCUCAGAGCGCAUCCAGACGAUGGGUGGGGAAGAGGAUGAUGAAGUAAAGGAACAGAAAGAAAGAGAACUUCUUGGUCUGAAAAAAGACUCAGACACGAACGUGGCACUGACCGCGACCACGGAGUUCUGCAAUGUGGUGCAGACCCCCUUGGAGAAGAUUGAAACACUCAAGCACGAGAGCUUUCGAGGGUCAACCUUGUACAAGCAGCAGGCCACUCAGCGGAAGGGCAUUGCAGCUGGUGAACGAAAGGCACGCAAGGCGGGCCUGGCCGAAGAAGUCUCAGCUGUGAAGGAUGUGGAGGAAGAGCUAGAGCAGUCCCUCAUUGAGGACUCUCUCGACCUGAGCUGUGCCAGUGGCUUGGAAUACUUGCGCGCACGUUCACAGAUAGGUUGCGAUCAGGAUUCCCACCGAAUCCGGAAGCUUGACAACCGUCCAUUGGAGAUGUCUACAGUGGAUGGAGACAUCAAGCUUGAAUACAGAGAUGACUUCGGAAGGGUGCAAACGCCCAAGGAGGCCUUCCGUUCCAUCUCAUGGAAGUUCCACGGCAAGGUGCCUGGCCGAAAGAACAUGGAGCGGCGGCUGCUGCGCUUGGAGAAUGAGAUGAGAUUGAAGAGCAUGAAUGUGAUCGAAGCUCUACCAACACUCAGGGCACUUCGGCAUGCGCAGACGGCCGAUGCCAAGCCGUACAUGGUGCUGAGUGGUGCCAAUGAGAAGUGA